AUGUCUCUGUUCCCGUACCGCGACUCUAUCGUCAACCCUUACUGGUUGAACUCCAACCAGCUCGACAUCAACAACGGCGAAGUUUGUAUUUUCAACAUCUUCUUCAUUGACGGAAGUUAAAAGUAGAAGGUAGUGAAAACCGUGGAAUCGGCCACUUUCAUCCGAAAAUAGGAAGCCGCCGAGGGCUGAGAAUCAUGCAAAUGGCUAUUUUUUUAUGUAAAAGUUUGCGCAGGUGAAAGAUCUUCAUCUUGACAUUUUGAAUUUAUUUGAGCGAACUUCCCGGAUUUCAAAAGUUAAGUACAAUCUCCUCGAGGUAAAACAGUUUUCUCUUGUAUACCGUUUUCCCACUAUUUUUUCAUUUCAAAAAAGCAUUUUCCUAGGCCGACCACCCCGUUUUCUUUGUGAUGAAUUGCUUCCAGGUGAUCAACGACGACAAGCAAUUUGCUGUCAAACUCGACGUCUCGCACUUCCGCCCUGAGGAGCUCAACGUUCAGCUCAACGGUCGUCAGCUCACGAUUGAAGGCAAACACGAAUUCCGAGGGGACCACGGCAUGAGCCAGAGGUACUUUCUUGGGCAUCUUUCUGUCAAUCUCUGUCAAUCCUUCUCUCCUCUAGACACAAUCGGUUGCAGGUCUUUCCUGCGCAGUUUCCUCGUCCCAGACGACGUCGACAUCAACGCGGUCCACUCGGAGCUGUCCAACGACGGUCGUUUGGCCAUCGAAGCUCCCAAAACCGCUUUCUCGGCCGACCGCGCCAUUUCUUUCCAAAAGCAUUAA